GAACAUUCACCACGAUCCAUCGUAAACAAUAAACACCCCAACCUCACCACCUCCGUGACCGCUACCCUACUCCACUCCACUCCACCUCACUCCACCCGCAUCCCGCAUCGGCCAUGGCAGACCAAAUCCAGCAAGCUCUGUCCAUCCUCUCGCGCAUAGCUUUCUACACCUCCUGGCCCUUCGUCAAGCUCGCCCACCUCCUCACAUUUAUCCUCUCGCCCUUCUGGAGGAUCGCACAAUUCUUCCUGUUGCCAUUCACCGUGCUCGUGCAGGGCUUGCUUGGCAUUCUAUUGCUACCGUUCCGAUUGAACCUCCUGGAGCGAUUCGAGACAAUCUACAUAUACCUCGGAAUCGCAAGCUUGAUCGGCUUCGCAGCUGGCGCGGCCCUCUACGUCACGUUCCAUGUACUCUCCACCACGCUGAGAAUCGACACCGCAACGGAACUCGAGGACAGGAAACAUGCGAAUGCGAGGACAAUUGAAGCGUACCGGGCGGAAAGGAAGUCGAAGCGGAGGAGAAGUGGGAAGGAUGUCUUGUCUAUUUCGCCGACUAUUACCAGCGGAGAGGCUGUGAUGGCGCGGAGACAGCGGGGAUUGUUGUCCCAGACGAUUAUCGAAGAGGAGGAUUCGGAUUUUUGAGGCGCGAGAGUGAUCCAUGAUGGCCAAUUCAUUGACAUGGAUCCCAAGAGGGUUGUGAUGGUCAUGGAUACCCUCAUGAUUCUAAUAACCUCGAGUUCAUUUGCGCAUGCGACCCUUGCGCUGCAUUGCAAGCACACUCUACCUUACAGAUCCACUCAUCAAAACAAAAGAAGGAGGACUACCAAAGCAACAGCAUGAUUUACACAUCCGAAGGAUAUAGAUCAUGGUUCCUCCUGUACGGUUGUGGUGCUUGUUUCGCGCCCUUCCAUCAGCUCUUUGAUCAAUAAUUCGAGGAAGCUUGAAAGUAUCGAUCAGUAGAUACACCCUGGCCUGGCUUCAUUCAUCUUUACAA